AUGGAGGCUUCUUCCUCCGGCGACUGGCCUGAGGAGGGCGAGGGCGUCUGUGGCGGCGCAUUGGUGGCGGAGGGAUCUUCUUCCCUCUCUGUUCCUGCUUCAUCUUCUUUCUCGCCCUCUUCUUCUUGGCAGAAGAGGGGAGUUGGAUUGCACCUGAGGCAGCGGCGGUGGCGGUGGCGGCGGCGGCGGCGGGUGGGGGAGUGGUCAGCGCCUACCCUAGGCGGCGGGCGCCAUGGGGGGACCGAUUUCAGGGACAUCGCUCUCCCUCUCGGCAUGUCCUUUGCGGCGGUCGUUGCCCAGGUUAGUCGAUUGCUUAAAGAUUUAGAUUCUCUGAUGGGUUUCUUGGGGCGAUCCUUCACAAUUACCGAAUCUUUUUGCUGCUGAUCUCUCAUGCAAGAGCGUCAAAUUUUCUGGGCACGAGCUCAAAUCUCCUUUUACCCUCCGUUCUUUCGAUUCAUGUACUGAUCAUGCGGUCUUUAUUUGCAUUUAUUUUUUAAAAUCUUCUGCGGUUGUGUGAACCAGAAUUACUUUUAUUCGAUCUCUCUAAAAACUUAUUUUUUGGGUGAAAAUGGAAGGAAUAAUACAGAAGGUGGCUUCCGUUCUUUCCUUUCAUGUAUCGAUCUUACGAUCUUUAUUUUCAUUUAUUGUAAAAAAAAAUUAUGCGAUUUUGCGAACCGGAAUUAUUUUUAUUUGUUAUCUCUAAAAUCUAUUUUUUGGGUGAAAAAAUAAGGGAUAAACUCUUCUGUAAUGGGAUUUUUACUUUAAAACCCUCUCUCGCCAUGAGAUGGAAGGAGAGAAACUGACGGAUAGAUAGAUAAAUGGACAGAGAUAGAGUGGGUGAGAGAGAGAGAGAGGAUGAAUGGAGCCUGAACAAGAGACAGAGAAACAGAGGAGAGAGAAACUGUGGAAUAACCUUGUUAUAAUCCUAUAUUGCUUCCUUUUUUUUAUAUAAAAACUUGAUAAUCUUGUGGUAUAUUUUUUAAACUCUUCUAACUCAAGCGAUUCAGUGUCGUUGAUGGAGAUGACUUACCAGUCAAUAACAUAAAUGUGAAACUUAUUUAUCUCUUAAUCCUUAGAAUUUCCUUUCUCUUGAAGAACCCGUAGAAAAACCUAGCAAGCAUUACUAUGCUGGAUUAAGUUGGAGCUUAACACUUAUUCAUUAUUCUAUGGGUUUAUAAAAUGGGUUUAUAUAGCAUUGUUCAUCAUUUUGUAAAGAAAGAGUAUGUGAAAGUAACCAUGCUAUGUCUUUCUAGGAAAGAAAUCUUUCAUUUUCAUCCUGGAUACGAUUGAGCUGCAAGUAAAAAUUUACCCAUGAAACUGGUGAAUAAUAACUAUGAAAAUAAUAGAUGUCCUCGCUUCACUGCAAAACGUGAUCAAGAACAGACACAACUUGCUCUUCUUGAAUUUUUAUUAUUUAUCUAUUUUUUAUGUUCCUUCUUGUUAAAUGUUGAGAGGUUUUUCGUGUGUUUUUUUUCUGUAUUUUUCUUGUUAAUGCUAUUUUUCUUCCUUUUACGUCGCUCGCUCUAGAAUUAUAAAUGUGGAUCGUGAUCAUCUUCAAGAAGAAAAAUCGGAGAGCAGGCCAUUAUUAUUAUUAUUAUUAUUAUUCACAUAUUUUGGGCAACGAAAAGGGUACCAAUUGUUCUACCUGCAUUAUAAUAUUUCAUAUCAACAGAAAAACUGAGCAAUAUUAUGUCUCCCCUGCUCGUCUAAUCUAUGGCAUCAUAUUCAUCAGUUGGCUUAACUUUGGUAUAUUUUUUACGGUGGGGUGUUGAUCAUAAAUGCUUGCAAUUCGUUUAGAAUUUUGUUUCCUUUUAUCCUCAUCUCAAGCUUUUAUCUUAUAAUUUUCGGAGGGAUUGGCUUGUUGACGGUGGGUUUCUUUGUUGAUCCAGGUGUUGGGAGGGAAGAACGCCGGUGGAGAAAGGAUCCAUACAGACCGUCUUUCAACAGUACGCCUCUUACUUGUUCUCCAAUGGAUUCCCUCAUGGUUCUUCUCCAUGAAUUGCGAUGUUCUUCCCAUAAUUGCUCUUAACUCUUGCAGAUCUGCAGUUUGGCUGUAAAAGAAGCUGUGGAGGAUGUAAGUGGGCUGUUUAUUUCUUCAUUUGGAAGAUCAAAAGGACCUCUUUUGUUCAUCUUCUGAUCUUUCAUUUGUUGAAUAGGUGUAUGGCAAAAGAUUUGACAAUUUCAUAAGAAAUUUUCAAAAGUCAUUUUCUAGCACAUUGAAGACGCUGCAAGUGAUAAAAGAGGAGUCCUCUGAAGACCGGCCCAAUUGCGCUCCAUGGCUGAGGGACCACUCUGAGGCUUCAUCCUCUGGAGGCAACAUGGAAUCACUUAAUACUGUCAAAGCUAUCGAGGAGAGUUCUCCUCAUCUGAUCCCAACCAGUAGUCAGGUUGUCCUUUGGAGAGAAUUGAAUCAGGAGCUGGGUCAACCCUCUCGGCGAGGACCCGGUUCUGGGUUCAGUCAGUCAACAUUGAGCACCUUCGAGAGAUCCAUCGCAGAGCAGGCCCGUUCUAAUGACCUCAAGGCAUUAGAGAUCGGUCUGAAUAUGGAAAAGCUGCAACUGAAGAGAUCCCAGUUGUAUCUGAGCUCGCAUGCCAGUUUCUUGGAGCGGAUUAAGAUAUCGAUGAACAUCGCAAAGUCAACCUUCAGAGAAGAGAAGCUGAAGACCCAGAUAAAAGAUACAAGACAGGCAGAGCUUGCCAGGACGUGCUUGGAUCUUCUCAUCGCCGGCCUGAUCUUGAUGUCGUGUCUUCUCGGGUAUGGAGCCUACACUUUCUCUUACAGGAGGAUCUCAGAGGCCACAGCAUCCUGCAACUCUUUACCCAAGGUCAACCCUUUGACUCAACAAUCAUCCCACUUUACUCCCCCCCCCCCCCAAACAAGGAGAAGGAAGAUAACUAUUUUAAACUAAUUCCCAGGAGACCAAGUCUUGGUGGGUUCCGAAGAAUGUGGCCUCCUUCAGCUCAGGCUGGCUCUCGGUGAGGUGCCAUGUGGUGGUCAUAAGCCGCAUGUCCUUUGGGCUAUUCAUGAUCUUGUCGGUUGCUUACUCUGCUUUUCUCCGCUCCUCUGCCGCCGGAGCCGCCAUGCCAGUCACCUUCAUCCUCAUUCUACUGGGAACGGCCUGUGGAGCAGCUGGGAAGUUCUGUGUGGACACUCUGGGAGGGAGUGGAUACACCUGGCUUUUGUAUUGGGAGACCUUGUGCUUGCUUCAUUUUCUUGCCAGCGCCUUCCCUUCCUCUCUCUAUCAGAUCCUCCAUGGCCCGGUUACCAUAUCUUCCAAAGAUGGGAAGGUUAUGAUGCCUUACUGGGCUCGAAGAUCUGCCUUCUAUGCUAUUCUGGUCCUGAUCUUGCCUGUAUUGUCUGGUUUGACGCCGUUUGCUUCUGUCUAUGAAUGGGGAGAGCACCUUGUCAGUAAGCUGGCCCCUUGGAGCUAUGGAGCUGAAGAAUGA